AUGAAAUUCAAGGCAAUUUUACUCUGCUUUGCAGCAACGGCAUGGGGAGCUGAGCCCCUGCGACGAGAUGUCAAUGCCACGGAGAGCGGCUUCAAUAUGGCAUCGCUCUCCAGUGCACUUGCCCAUCUCACGGCGAAUACGACGGCGACUGCCCGUUUCGACAACAUCGCUGCGCCCCCCAAGUCCCUCAUCCCCGAGAUCCUGUCGGUCGUGCCCGUCACCGUGAUCUGGGAACUCAUCGACCCGCAGUCGCGCAGUAUACUAGCGAGUCAAUUCAGCGCCGGGACCACCCCCACCUGGUAUAACAGUCUUCCCACCGACGUGAAGAGCUACAUGUCCGUGGUGAAAUCGCAGAUUGCGGCGGGUGCUCUCACGGCGACCACCACGGGAACCACGAGCGCCACGAAGACCGGGGCGACCUCGACCUCGAGCGGGAUGGCGGCGCAGCCCACGGCGCUGACCGCGUCGGUGAUCGGGGCACUGGGUGUCCUCGGGUUGGCCCUAGCGUUGUAG